CUCACAAUGCAUUUCACACACACACCGCGAAAGAUUCCUGUUCAUGUCACUGGGUUCACUGAUGUUCACUGAUGUCCAGUGAUGUCUCUGCUGGUGUUCUCGGUUCCUCUGCUCUCGGCUGUGGUCUUGAUGACGGCUGUUUUCCGCUCACCUCUGUUGGCUCUGUGCCGUCAGCUGUAUUCUGGCACACUCAGGCGUUCUCACAGGAAGGUGUGUGUCAGCUCCACUCACGCCUAUGUCUUCUCCAACUGCACCCACGGACAGGCUCAGAGUGUUCUGCUGACCUUCGACCUCUAUUCCAGCACACACGCCUCCUUCAACAUCGGCCCUCAGAAAGGUGAGUUUCUGGACGAGAUUGUGAAGCGUGAAGCCCCGCGGAGGGUUCUGGAGCUGGGGACACACUGUGGCUACGCUUCAGUCAGGAUUCUGCGUCUGCUCCCUCCGUCUGGAGAACUGCUGACUGUAGAGCUUGAUCCUCUGACAGCAGAGCGAGGGGAGGAGAUCAUACUAGUGUCAGGCUUCAAACACCAGCAGUUUCAGGUACUAACAUGCUCCUCGGCUGAGGCCAUCUCUUCUUUACACUCCCACACUGGGAAUGAUCGUCUGGAUCUGGUUCUAAUGGAUCAUGACCCUGAGCUUUACCUUCAAGACCUGCUGGCCUUACAGAGAGGGAACCUGCUCUCGACCUCCUGUGUUGUGUUGAUCAACAGAGCUCUGACGCCUGGAGCUCGAGACCUUCUGGAGUAUGUGACAGCUAGACCGCAGAGCUUCAGUGUGGGCAGACAACUCGAUGGAUUGAUGGAGAUACGCUGUCAUACGGCUGCCUGACCUGAGGCGUCUGAGUGCUGCAGGAAUGAGUCCUAAAAGCCAGAACUGAGUUUGCAUUUUAAGCACUUCUGGUUCCAUUGUCCUGAAGUCAAUGGGUUUUUUGGUUAAAUCCCUGAAAUAAGGUGUGGUUAACACAAGUUAAAGAUAUUUUCUUGUUUCAAUCUACGUCAAAAAGGAAAACUCCAUUCAUCCACUCACUCGUGCGUAAUUAUUAUAUGCCUGCUUAUUUAAUUUUGUCUUCUGAUAUGAUUUUGCUGUUUUC